CUGCAAAAACUUUGAUUUUUAUUUAGAAGCUACACCGGUAGUCCGAUAGGAACUAGCUACACUGUUUCCGUUUAUCCAACGGAAUCUGCAACGGAUAAAAGACCUCCCUCUAAAUCUAGUGUGAUCUGUAUGGCGGUUUGGUUGAGUGAGACAUUGCCACAGCUCCAAGAAAUCCGUCCUAGGGUUACAAUUCAUAAACCCUGUAAUAGAAUUCGAAAUGAAGAAAUUAAGAUUCAGGGUAUACUGGAUAAGAACGUAUAUCAGAACGGAGACACUGUAAAAGUUGAUAUCACAAUAGAGCUUCAUCCCGCCAGAAAGAUAAAAUCUGUAACUGCUGUUGCUGUUCAAUCAGUCGAUGUUGCAAUGUUCUCCAGCGGAUUUUUCAAAAAUGAGGUUGGAGCGGAGAUGCUGAAAGAUCUUGGAGUUUGUUCUUCCUUCUCACAUCAGUUCCUUCUCAAACCUCAAUACAGUCCUGGGCGGCAUUGGGUGGCAGUUAAAGACUGGGGGCCAUCAGUUACCAGUAUACCAGAUGAAAAUCAACCUCUCUCUGCAUCUGUAAUUCUGAAAGAUCGAAGUCUUUUCGUGAUCCGGGUACUCUAUUAUGUACAGGUUCAAGUUAGGUUGAGCAAGAACAGGAAAGAUCUAGAGUUAAAACUUCCAUUCGUUAUGCUGGCAGCAUAGAUAUUAUACAUAUAGUUGAUAAAACAUAUUUAUAUGGAAUAGUACAGGGUUAUCCACAAAGGAUGAGAUUAUAAUGACGACCUAAACUAUUUAAGUAUAACGACAUCGCUCCUCUACAGGGUAAAUGCUAAAUGAUUUGGCAAUGAAACUAAGAUUGCUAGAAAAAAUGCUGAACAAGUUCCAUCAGCGUCUCUGAAAUCUCAUUCUUGGUGGGUCCCCCUGUAGAUAUGUUGUAUUUUGAAAAUAACUAGCUCUUCACGACCCUUAAGUCUUUCAAGGGUCCAAAAUAUCUCGACCUUAGGGCGAUAUGUUUAUGUUAAUAUAUGUUGUUCGUCAACUAUUCUUAAAGGAACUGUAUUUCAUUUUUAUAGUUAUGUACAGAGGGUCGUAUUCACAUCGGUUACCCUUUAAACCUUUGUCUGUCACUUGAAAUCACAUUUUUAUUUUGCAAAAUCAUCUUUACCUAGAUACAGUUGUGCCUGCACAGUAAAUUAAAUUGAUAAAAACUUUGAAUUUUGCCAUCUUUCUUUGUUUCAAGAGCAUUGAAUAAAGGGAAAAAUACGUGAAGAUAUAUUUGUUAAAGUAUUUAUGUUGUAAUAUCGUUGAUAGCUUUCCUUUUUAUUUAGAUCUUAUAAAAAAAAUCGAAAAUUAUUUUAGAAUAAAAUCUUUUCAAAAAGUUUUAACAAAAGUUUGGACAUAGAUUAAAGAAAUUUAAAGGAAGGGAAAAAUUCAAACUCUUUCUUUACGCGUGGAAAUUAAUCUGUCUGUAAUUAGUCAAACCCCCAAUCUCCCAACGAGAGGUGAAUAUUGUCCAGCUCUUGACCUGGACUUUGACAGAGAUGUUGUUUGGAGAAGGAAUAGGUUGCAUUUAAACUUAUAUAUUGUAUCGUUUAUAUUUAUUUGUUUUAACCUGAUAAUUAAUAAAAAAAACUUUUUUUUCCAUCUAA